UUUUUGAUAAUUAUACAACUUCAUAUCAUAUUUUUACUAAUUUUAUACAAGUUGAUUUAAUAUAUUUUUAUCCAAAAGAAACAGAUAAGACAUCUAUCUAAAAAUUAUAAUUUUGAAGAUUACAUAUCUAUUUUUAAAUAUAAUUUUGAAAAAAUAAAAUUCAUUGGUUUUCUUAAUUUUAAUUUUAUGUUAAAUUAAUCAACAUUUAUAUUAAAAUAUCGAUGAUAAAUAAUAGAAUAUAAAACAAUAAUAAAUAUAAUUUUUAAAUAUAAUUUAAAUUUAAAAAUUUUAUUAUGGUGGAAAAAACACCUUAUUGAUCGCAUAACUGAGGGUGAAAGAAAUUUCUUAUUUCUUUCUGACACGUUUUUAAUACAAUAGACAAAAGUCAAUUUUAGGUUACUGAGAUUUUUGGUUGGUGAUAAAUUCAGUCGGUGGAAAAUAAAUAACGAUUAUAAUUUAUUUUGUUCACACAACUGAAUUUCUCUACAAUCUAUACGCACUCAUCAUCAGUUAUCUGUCACCACAAAAGAAAUCUCCAAAAGAAAUGGUUUCUUCGCUUAACGUCAUCGACGUGUCACGAGUCACCCCGUCUGACUCGUCCGAGUCACUCACUCUCCCGCUCACUUUCUUUGACCUAAUCUGGUACAAACUCCACCCCGUCGAACGAGUCAUCUUCUACCGACUUACGGACGUAACGCGCCCUUUCUUCGACUCGGUCAUCGUACCCAAUCUCAAGUCCUCUCUUUCCUCAUCCCUCUCUCACUACCUCCCACUCGCUGGGAAACUCGUCUGGGACUCACUCGACAAAAAACCAACCCUAGUCUACUCCCCAAACGACGGCGUUUCAUUCACCAUAGCCGAGUCAAAAGCCGAUUUCUCACUGUUAACCGGAAACAAACCGUUCCCCACAACCGAGUUGUACCCAUUGGUGCCCGAGUUACGAACCUCCGACGAAUCAGCCUCUGCUGUGUCGUUUCAAGUCACGCUUUUUCCAAACCAAGGAUUUUGCGUCGGUGUAGCUGCACACCAUGCCGUUUUAGAUGGAAAAACGACAACCAUGUUCCUCAAAUCAUGGGCCUACACAUGCAAACUCCAACAAGACCAAACGGUAAACGCUUCUUUAUUACCGCAGGAUCUAACCCCGAUUUACGAUCGUACGGUCAUAAAAGAUCCGAACGAUAUCGAAACGGAGGUUAUGAAUCACUGGAAGUCUAAACUCAAAAUCAUCUCCGACGGCAACGUGAAGAGCUUAAAGAUUCUUCCGACGCCGGAGCCUAGUCCCGACGUCGUCCGAUUCACUCUCGAUCUCACUCGUGAAGAUAUCCAAACGCUUCGAGAGCGACUCAAGAGAGAAUCGUCUGCGUCCUCGUCACCCAAAGAGCUUCGAUUGUCGACGUUUGUGGUUACGUUCUCGUACGCGUUUACUUGUUUAGUCAGAGCUCGUGGCGGAGAUCCGAAGAGACCAAUCGGGUACGUGUUCUCGGUGGACUGUCGAAGCCUUCUUGAUCCGCCGAUCCCUUCGAAUUAUUUCGGGAACUGCCUUUCGGCGUCGUUUAAUAUGAAGUUAACGGCGGAGACGUUUAUGGGUGAAGAAGGGUUCUUGAAUGCGGCGAGAAUGGUUAGCGAUUCGGUUGAGGAGUUGGAUGAAACGGUGUCGUCAAAUAUUCCAGAGAUUUUUGCAGCGAAUUCAAGUCUUCCACCAGGAGCGCAGCUUAUUUCUGCUUCCGGGUCAAGCCGGUUUGGAGUAUACGGGUUAGAUUUCGGGUGGGGUAAACCGGAGAGGGUUGCGAUUGUGUCCAUCGAUCAAGGGGAAGUGAUUUCUAUGGCGGACGGUAGAGAUGGGAUUGGUGGUGUGGAGCUUGGCUUUUCUCUCCAGAAACACGAAAUGGAGAAUUUGAUUUAUUUGCUUCCUGAGGGAUUAAAAGGCUAAAUCAUUUUCCUUUUAAAAUUUCCUUUCUGUCAUUUUUUUUUUAAGGAAUUGAAUAAUAAUUAAACUAAAACUGAGUUAGUGUUUUCAGUAAUAGCAGUUGUAAUCAAUUCUAAGGGUUUCAGCUUAUUGCAAAUUUUUGUUGGAGUAAA